UGCUUUAGUAAAUUUGCUCACUUUCGUAAUUUUCACUAUAUUGAUACGCAAUCGAUCCCCAGAACGAUCGAUGUAAACUAAACCAAUGCACAUACCUUAAUGGAAAUCGACUACGUAUUGUUUAGAUGAUGUUGGUUGAUGUGUUCAUUAACCGUGAAGAUUGACUUUUCCUUCGCUUUUCUUGUAUAAUAUUGUUUUACUUGGUUUUACCGAGUAUAUUCAAUUCACACGUUGUUGUUUGCAACUACAAUAAGUUAUGGGUAGACAUUGCUGUGUUUCAGGCUGUAAUACAGCAGUACAUUUACCUUCUCAUAUGUUUCCCAAAGAUGUAAACAUGAUGAAUAAAUGGAGAAAGGCCGUUUAUUCAAAGAACAUUAAAGACUUAAGUGAUGAAGAAUUGAGAAAGUAUGUUGUAUGUUAUAAACAUUUUGCAGAUAAUGAUUACGAAGCAAUAUACAAGCUACGAAGAUUAAAGCCUGGUGUUGUACCAUCAUUAUAUUUAAAUAAUGAUGAUGACAUUAAAGAGGCAAAUAACAGUAUCAACAACAGUGAAGUAAAUAAUAGUAACAAUGACAAUACAGCAAAUAAGGGUAACAACAAAAGUGAUACAAAUAAUGAUAACAAUAACAUCAAAGCAAAUGUAACUGUACGAAAAUUUGAAAUCAAAACAAUUAAUACAAAGUUAACUAACCCUAUUGAAGAAAUUGAAAUAAUAGAAAUAAUUGAAGAUGCACAGUCUUCAAAAGAAUCAAAAAGUGCUAAAGUUUUAGAAACAAUUAACAGUCUAAAAACUAAAGCAAGUAGCACUUUAACAGUUAGCAUUCCAGUAUCUACGAUUCCUGCAGCUAACACUUUAGUAACCAAAAUUCAAACAGCUAGCAGUCCAGUGUUUAAGACUGUUUUAGCUAAUACAUCAAUAAUUAGGACUUCAGCAGCUAGCAUUCCAGUAACUAAGAUUCCAGCAACAAAGAUUUCAGUAGCUAGUACUUCAGCAGCUAGUACUACAGCAAUUAAGGUUUCAAAAGCUAGUUCUUCAACAUCUAGCUUUCCAGUAACUCAGAUUACAAUCGCUAGCACUUCGGCAAGUAGGAGACCAAUAGCUAAUUCUACUACAGCUAGUACUCCAAUAACUUCAUUUCUAACAACUAGUGCUAGUACUCCAAUAACUAGCUCUUCAGUAAUGAGUAGUCCAAUAGUUAACACUUCAAUUAACGAAACUUGUUCACAAUUAAAAGAAAAAAAUUUAACGUGCAAUUUGUUGGACACACAUACUGCACUAGAAGAAAAACACUUUCACAAAUUUACACCAAAAAUGUGGAAGAUAUAUAAAUUGUCAUGUAUAUUAAGGAAGAAACAAGAAGCUGUUGUGAAAAGGCAGUUAUCAUUUCGUGAGCGUAUUAGACAAGCCAAGCAAUACAGCAAAAAUCCUGCAGUAGAAGAAUUAUUGUCUUCAUUAACACCUGUUCAGCGAACAUUUCUCGAAAUGCAAAUAAAAACAAAUUAUGCGCCUAAGGACAAACAUUUCACAUUAGAUGAAAAAAUUGCAGCUCUGUCUAUCAUGAAACAAUCCAGUAAAUGUUAUCAACAUCUAACACAAGUUUUCAAUUUGCCCGAUAUAAGCACAUUACGAUCUAUACUUCAAAAAGUCAACAUUCAUCCAGGACCAAUUAAUUUUAUAAAUCAACGUUUGAAAGAACAAGUGAGAUUUAUGAAAGAGAGAGAUAAAGUGUGUCUUUUAAUGUGGGACAAAAUGCUAUUGCAACCUCAUUUGGAUUAUGAUGCCACAAAGAAGCAUAUUCUUGGUUUUGAAGACUUUGGACGAAAGAGAAGUGCCCGAUUCGCCGAUCAUGUAUUGGUCUUUAUGGUGCGUGGGAUACAGAGUGGAUGGAAACUCCCAUUAGCAUAUUAUUUUUGUGAUGGUGCCACCAAAACUGAUCAACUCAUAAAAUGGAUUAAAGAUAUUGCCAAAAUUAUAAUUGGCAGUGGAUUAUAUUUAGUAGCUUUUACGUGCAAUGACGGAAAAAGAAAUCUUGCGGCUAUAAAUAAAAUGAAAUUGGAAUCGGCAAGACUCAAAGCUAAACGAGGGCAAUUAUAUUAUGGUUAUAUAACAAUAAAGAAUCGAGAUAUUAUACCAAUAUAUGAUCCACCACAUCUCAUCAGAAGUAUACGCGACAAUCUAGUAAACAACGAUCUUGAGUUUGAUUGUGCAGAGGAAGAAGAACGAAAAUUUGCAUCAUGGGCGAUCAUUGAACGAGCCUAUCUAAUGGACCUGAAUGACCAAGUAUACAGAUUAAUGCCGAAGAUUACUGCAGAACAUAUAACAAAAAAUAAACUAAAGAGGAAGAAAGUUAAAAACGCUGUGCAGGUUUUGAGUAGAACAAUGGGCGCCUUUAUACAUCAUCAUACUAAGUUGCGAGGACAUAUAGAUACGCUGUAUGGAACAUUUAAAAUGCCGGAGAAAGAAGGACAGGAUACGGCAGAAAUAAUACUUUUCUUUGAUGAAUUGUUUGAUUCUGUAAAUGGAUACGCAUUGAAAUCGGAAAAACCGUUGAACGCUGCUAUUUCGUACAACAGUCCACAUUUUCCAUUUUGGGAGAGAGCGAUAAAGAGAUUACAGAAAAUGCGAUUUGUUGACUUAAAAGAUAAACCAUUGAAGAAUUCAACAACUCUUAAGAAUUGGAUCAUCACUAUACGAGGAUUCCGCAAGUUAUGGAUGAUUAUGAAAACAUUUGAAUUCAAGUGCUUGAAACCACGAAUGUUAAAUCAGGAUUGCUUACGACAUUUCUUCGGUCAGAUACGAUCUUUUGGCGUGAAAAAUGUCAAUCCCACAUGCGCGGAAUUCGAGAAUUCCUUUAAAACGUUGCUGAUCAACAAUUUGACAUCACCUCGUCCUGUCGAAAAUAACGAGCAUAAGAUAGACGGAUCGUUGUUGUUUACAUUAAAAGGAUUUAUCGGUAAAACAAAAAGCAACUGCAACUUCAAAUUGAUAGAAAAUCUGCAGUUAUUAGAGUUGGAAAUAGAAACAAAUCCCUUGAAUGAAACAUCCGAUCACUUGAAUAUUUGCAAUUCCAUCGUGAUGAAAAUUUUAAAUAAUUCACGCAUUAAAGGGUGUAAUUUUUGCAAAAAUAUUCUCACAGAUACCAUAAAACGCAGCGAAAGAAUCGAAAUAACUCCCAGUCACAAACUAUUACACGAAUUUGAAAAGGCUGAUAAUAUACUGACGCAAGUAAUGAGCAACGUUUGUUAUUUACAUCAUACGGCAUUAAUGUUGGAAACCGAACUAUAUACGCAUAUAGAUUUACAAUGGUUAAAUUGUCAACAGCACAAGAUUCCACUCAAAGAACUAUUGAUAUCCUACAUGGUUGUUUUCUACAUAUAUAAGUGGUGUGUUGGUAUAAAUAACAUUUUAUUAGUGAAAGAUCAGAAUGAUUAGUAGCGAAAUACUAAGUAAAAACGUGCCUAAUAUAUGUUUAAUUGAUAGUUAAAUUUAAGUAAAAAUGCAUUUUAAUAAUAAAACUAUUUUU